UAGUAGAUUGCAAUCAUGCUUGAAGUUGUAAUCAUGAAAAGUGGGAUUUUCAUCGGGAAAUUGAUAUGCCUUUAUUUACAGCACAAAGGGGGUUCUAAAUUAAAGAUUGCCUUACAAAAACAAGCAAUUCAAAUGGCAACAGUCAGUGCCUCCCACUUCAUAUCGAGAAGCUCCCAUCCUAACUGUGGAGGAGCAUGUGAUAUGGAGCCAAAAUCAUUUGCAAGAAAUGGAGCAUCCCUGAAGAGCCAAGCCAUGUCUUUCCAGGGGUUAAGGUCUCUGAAUAAAGUGGAUCUGUUAAGCAUGCGAGCCAAUGCAAGAGCAGUGUCCAGACAAGCUCGGAGGAAGGGGUUGAAUCAUGAGAAUGCCAGACCAUGGGGAGUCAUCAUAUGUGGAAGUGGAAUGAACAUUAUCUUUGUAGGGACAGAGGUAGCUCCAUGGAGCAAAACUGGGGGACUUGGUGAUGUUCUUGGAGGACUGCCCCCAGCCAUGGCGGCCAAUGGACAUCGGGUCAUGACAAUCUCUCCACGGUACGAUCAGUACAAAGACGCAUGGGAUUCCGGUGUUUUGGUUGAGUUACCAAUUGGAGAUAAAAUUCAAACCGUGCGCUUCUUCCACUGCUAUAAAAGGGGAGUUGACCGUGUUUUUGUUGAUCACCCAAUUUUCCUAGAGAAGGUGUGGGGAAAAACUGGUGGAAAAAUCUAUGGUCCUAAGACUGGAGACGAUUACCUAGACAACCAGCUAAGGUUCAGCUUGUUGUGCCGGGCGGCUCUGGAAGCCCCAAGGGUUCUGAAUCUGGAGAGCAGUGAAUUUUUCUCUGGACCAUAUGGCGAAGAUGUUGUGUUCGUUGCUAAUGACUGGCACACUGCUCUGCUUCCUUGCUACUUGAAAAGUGUUUACCAGCCUAAUGGUAUUUACGAGAGUGCCAAGGUGGUAUUCUGCAUCCACAACAUUGCCUACCAAGGCAGAUUUUCCUUUGCAGACUAUGCACUUCUCAAUCUCCCAAAUCAAUUCAAAAGCUCUUUUGAUUUUAUCGAUGGGUAUGCCAAGCCUGUGAAAGGAAGGAAAAUUAACUGGAUGAAGGCUGGAAUAUUAGAAUCAAACAAGGUCUUGACUGUGAGCCCGCAUUAUGCUGAAGAAGUUGUUUCAGGUGAAGACAGAGGUGUGGAAUUGGAUUCCUUCCUUCGCAAGACUGGCAUUAAGGGAAUCGUGAAUGGUAUGGAUGUUCAAGAGUGGAAUCCAGCAACCGAUAAAUACAUCAACGUCAAAUAUGAUGCUACAACUGUGUUGGAUGCAAAGCCUGUUAUCAAAGAAGCCCUGCAAGCGGAAGUUGGGUUGCCUGUGGAUCGAAAUAUUCCCCUCAUUGGCUUCAUCGGGAGACUCGAAGAGCAGAAAGGUUCGGAUAUUCUUGCAGCGGCCAUUUCUGGAUUCACUGAAGAUGAUGUUCAGAUAGUUGUUCUUGGAACUGGCAAGAAGCCAAUGGAGAAGCAGCUCGAAGAGCUAGAGGUACUAUACCCGGACAAAGCUCGUGGAGUGGCGAAAUUCAAUGUUCCCCUGGCCCAUUUGAUAACAGCUGGAGCUGAUUUUAUGAUUGUCCCCAGUCGAUUUGAACCCUGUGGUCUUAUUCAGUUACAUGCCAUGCGCUAUGGAACGGUUCCUAUUGUUGCCUCGACUGGCGGACUGGUUGACACUGUCAAAGAAGGUUUCACAGGUUUCCAUAUGGGAACCUUCAGUGUUGAAUGUGAAGAUGUCGAUCCUGCUGAUGUGGCUGCAGUUGUCAAGACUGUCAAGCGGGCCUGUGCCGUCUACAGCACGCCUGCUUUUGCAGAGAUGAUCAAUAACUGUAUGGCUCAAGACCUUUCCUGGAAGGGACCCGCAAAGGAGUGGGAGGAGGUGCUUUUGGGUCUGGAAGUUGAAGGCAGCGAGGCCGGAAUUGAUGGGGAGGAAAUCGCUCCGCUCGCUAAGGAAAACGUGGCAACUCCUUGAAGCCUUGAGCAAUUGAGUCUGCUUUUCCUAGUUUCCUUAAAUAAGCUGACAUCCUGUAGUGACUAACCUAAACUUGACACAACUAACUGUAGCUCAACCAUGUUGGCGGGUUCUUUUUCACUUACUAGACUGUACUCUGCACUAAUGCAAGUUUCAUGUGCAUGGAAGACCAACGGUCCGUUCACUUGUCGGCAAGCAUUGUGUAUUGUGCUGAGAAGCGUAUAUAGCAAAUAAGUUACUAUUUCAAGUAA